GUGGAAACGUAAUUUUACCGGGAAAACGGAUAUCCUGAACGCUUUCCCGCGGUGAAAGUUCAGAAAUUAAACGUGCAAGUGGCGGGAGUUGUUGUCAAGUUGGUUAAAAUUAAAGUGACCAAACAAAACAAAGGUAGAUGGAAGCCAAAAGACGGAAUGGCCGCCCACCAAUGGGUGGGGAAUCCCAGGCAAAGCGGGGGAAAACCGGAGGGGAUUGGGAAGACAGCCCGUCAGUCUUUGAGGAGGAACUUGCCCUGUUUGAAGAAGCAGAUAUGGAGGCAGAGGACCGGGAAGGAGAGGCAGGUCAUGAUGUCAUCCCUGUAGGUGAUCUAUUUUCAGCUGACCUCAAUCCCCGAUGGCGUCGGCCGCUUGCUGCCCCCCUGGAACCUGAUCUGGACACACUCAUCUUCCAGCAGAUAGAUCUUGACUACUACUUAGGGGCUGCUGUGGCCGGCAUGCCCGGUCAGUCUCAGGGCAACGUCCCAAUAAUCCGCAUGUUCGGCGUGACGGACAGCGGGAACAGCGUAUGCUGUCACGUGCACGGCUUCGCCCCGUAUUUCUAUGUCCCGGCCCCAAAUGGGUUCACCAGUGACCACUUGAGUGAGUUCAAGCGGGAGCUGAACUCUGUGGUGCUGAAGGACAUGCGGUCCAACAAGGACAACAUAUCAGUCACGGUGCUGGCGGUGGACAUCACCCGCAAAGAAAGUAUGUAUGGUUACCAUGGGAAACAGAUUUCCGACUUCCUGCGUAUCACCAUGGCAAUGCCUCGGCUAAUCGCCCCGGCAAAGAGGCUCCUGGAAUUGGGCUUCAGGUUUGGGACGUUCCCGAUGCAGAACUACUCCACAUAUGAGGCCAACAUCGACUUUGAGAUCAGGUUCAUGGUGGACAGUGGUGUGGUGGGCUGCUGCUGGAUCGAGCUGCCCAAAGGGACGUACAGAGUGAGGGAGGAGAAGAGCCUCGGGGAGACAGACACCCGCUACCCUGGAAAGGUGUCUCUGUGUCAGUACGAGGUGGAUGUGGGAUGGACCCAGCUGAUCAGUCACCCAGCGGAAGGAGAGUACCAGAGGAUUGCUCCUCUCCGAGUUCUCAGCUUUGACAUAGAAUGUGCCGGAAGAAAAGGGAUAUUCCCCGAGGCGGACAAAGACCCUGUGAUCCAGAUCGCCUCCAUGGUUCAGCGUCAGGGUGAAAAGGAGCCCUUCAUCCGCACCAUUUUCACACUGCAGUCCUGUUCCAGCAUCGUGGGGUCCCAGGUCCUGUGCUUCACUAAGGAGAAUCAGCUACUACAGAGCUGGGCUGAGUUUCUGAGGACGGUGGAUGCAGACAUCGUCACGGGUUACAACAUCCAGAACUUUGACCUUCCAUACCUGUUGAACAGAGCAGCCACACUGAAGGUCAAUAUGUUCCCCUACCUGGGCCGAGUUCGGGGUAUUAAGUCUGUUCUCAGGGAUUCCAACUUCCAGAGCAAACAGAUGGGCCGCAGAGAGAACAAAAUUCUCAAUAUGGAGGGACGAGUUCAAUUUGACCUGCUCCAGGUGCUGCUGAGGGACUACAAACUGCGCUCAUACACACUCAACGCCGUCAGCUUCCACUUCCUGCAGGAACAGAAGGAGGAUGUACAGCAUUCCAUCAUCACAGACCUGCAGAACGGCAAUGAGCAGACCCGUAGGCGCCUGGCAGUGUACUGUCUGAAGGAUGCCUACCUGCCGCUGCGUCUGCUCCAGAAGCUGAUGUGCGUCAUCAACUACAUGGAGAUGGCCCGUGUCACCGGCGUCCCCCUCACCUACCUGCUCUCCCGGGGCCAGCAGAUCAAAGUGGUGUCUCAGCUUCUGCGACAGGCAAUGAAACAGGGACUGGUCAUGCCAGUGGUGAAGAUUGAGGGAGGGGAGGACUACACGGGAGCCACAGUCAUUGAGCCUGAGAAAGGAUACUACAGCGUUCCCAUUGCCACCCUGGACUUCUCCUCCCUGUACCCCUCCAUCAUGAUGGCCCACAAUCUGUGCUACACCACUCUGCUACAGAAGGGCUCUGCAGUGAAGCUAGGCCUGAGUCCAGAGGAAUUCAUCAAGACUCCCACAGGUGACCAUUUCGUCAAGAGCUCAGUGAGGAAGGGACUUCUUCCUGAUAUCCUUGAGGACCUGCUCUCAGCCAGGAAGAGAGCCAAGGCGGAGCUGAAAAAGGAGACCGACCCUUUUAAGAAACAGGUCCUGGACGGCCGACAGCUCGCUCUCAAGAUCAGCGCCAACUCUGUGUACGGCUUCACAGGGGCUCAGGUGGGCAAGUUGCCCUGCCUUGAGAUCUCUCAGAGUGUCACUGGGUUUGGCAGGCAGAUGAUUGAGCAAACCAAACAGUUGGUGGAAUCCAAAUACACCCUUUCCAAUGGCUACCCAGCCGAUGCCAAGGUCAUCUACGGGGACACUGACUCUGUCAUGGUCAAAUUGGGCGUGGACACUGUGAGUAAGGCCAUGGAGGUCGGGAGGGAGGCGGCAGAGUGGGUCUCCUCCCAUUUCAUCCCUCCAAUCAAAUUGGAGUUUGAGAAGGUCUACUAUCCCUAUCUGCUGAUCAACAAGAAACGCUACGCCGGGCUCUACUUCUCCUCCAGCGCCGAAACGCACGACAAGAUGGACUGCAAGGGCAUCGAGACUGUCCGCAGGGACAACUGCACGCUGGUGGCCAACCUGAUCAACACCUGCCUGCAGACCAUCCUCAUAGACAGGGACCCACAGGGGGCGGUGGCCCACGCCAAAGAGGUCAUCUCUGACCUGCUGUGUAACCGCAUCGACAUCAGCCAGCUGGUCAUCACCAAGGAGCUGACGCGCACAGCCCAGGAGUACGCUGGGAAACAGGCCCACGUGGAGCUGGCUGAGAGGAUGAAGAAGAGAGACGCGGGUAGCGCCCCCCAGCUGGGAGACCGGGUUCCCUAUGUCAUCGUCAAAGCCACCAAGGGCGUAGCGGCGUACAUGAAAUCCGAGGAUCCGAUCUACGUGCUGGAGAACAACAUUCCCAUUGACACACAGUACUACCUGGAACAGCAGCUGUCCAAGCCACUGCUCAGGAUCUUCGAGCCCAUCCUGGGAGAGAGCAAGGCGGAGAGUGUCCUGCUGAAGGGCGAUCACACGCGCUGUAAGACGGUGUUGACGUCCAGGGUGGGGGGGCUCAUGGCUUUCGCCACCAAGAAGAGCACCUGUAUCGGCUGCAGAGCAGUGCUGAAGAACGAUGCGGCUGUGUGUGACUACUGUAAGAAGAAGGAAUCGGAACUGUACCAGAAGGAGAUCUUCCAUCUGAGUACGCUGGAGGAGCGUUUCUCCCGUCUGUGGACUCAAUGCCAACGUUGUCAGGGCUCGCUACACGAGGAUGUCCUCUGUACCAGUCGGGACUGUCCCAUAUUUUACAUGAGGAAGAAGGUACAGAAAGACCUGGAUGAUCAGGAGAAGCUGGUGUCUCGCUUUGGAUGGUGAGGCAGGAACGCUGGGAACCACAUUACAUAUUCACACCGCUUCACUGCCCUCUACUGGGAAUAUGUACUGUCCUCUUCAGUGCUUGUAAAAAUUAUGAAUGUUACACUGUUUUCUUGAAAUAUCCAAAUAAAUAUCAUCUUUUUG